GGCGUGGUUUAGUCUCAGUUCGACCCAGUUUGAAAGUGAACCAACAGCUCCAGUCGCAGAUUCAUCCCCAAAACAACAACAACCCGAACCGAGACCCAGAAAGCCCAGAGAUCCGUUUUUAGUUCCCUUGUUCCGGGCCUCCUACCGCGCCAUCAUGAUGCGUAAAGAUGUCAACAAGCCGAAGGGGAAGACGUCGGCCUACGCCUUCUUCGUCCAGACGUGUCGAGAGGAACACCGCAAGAAAAACCCCGAGCAGUCGGUCAACUUCGCCGAGUUCUCCAAGAAAUGCUCCGAGAGGUGGAAGGCGCUGUCCCCCGGUGAGAAGAAGCGUUUUGAGGACAUGGCGAAGGCCGACAAGGUCCGCUACAACCGGGAGAUGAGGGACUACGUCCCGCCCAAAGGCUUCGGCAAGAGAGGCCGCAAGAGGAAAGACCCCAACGCCCCCAAGAGGCCGCCGUCGGCGUUCUUCGUGUUCUGCAGCGAGUACCGGCCCAGUGUGAAGCAGCAGUACCCGGGUCUGUCCAUCGGCGACUGCGCCAAGAAGCUGGGAGAGAUGUGGAGCAAACUGGGCCAGUCUGAGAAGCUGCCGUACGAGGAGAAGGCCCAGAAACUGAGGGAGAAGUACGACCGGGACAUGGUGGCGUACCGCGGCGGGGGAACCUUCGCCAGGAACCCGGACUCUUCAGCUCAGGGCGGCGAGGAAGAGGAGGAAGAAGAGGGGGAGGAAGACGAUGAAGACGAGGAAGAUGACGAGUAGAGAGACUGAGGAGGACGGAGUGUGUUUCAGAGACCGGACCGGUACCAGUCAGGUCCGAUCAGACCGGUACGGACUGGUUCUGAUGGAGGUCAGCCUGAUCAGGUCCAUCUGGUUCUGAGGUCCAGAACCUCUGUUCUGUUCCUGACCCGUUUAUCUGACAGGUUCUGGUUCUGAGCCAGCUGGGUUUAUCCCUCAGGUGUUGAUGAACCAGGUCAGUUCUGGUUCUGGUUCUGUGACCCGUCUCAGAUCCAGAUGUCCAGCAGUACCAUUUCUCCUCCAGCAGGUGGUGCCUUGCAUCAUCAGAACCGGGUCAGUCUGAAUGAGGGUCCAGUAUGGUUGUUGCCAUGGUAACUGACCAAUCAGUGGCCUCAGAGAGCCCAACAUGUUUCUGCCUCACCAGAACCGGUCCAAAACAGAACCAAAAGGUUGAUCAACAUGGUUAGAACGUCUUGUGCGACCCGGUUCCUUCUGGGUCGGGCCAGAACCGCCGUUGACCAGCUGACCCAGUUACCAUGGUAACCUGUGGUAACCAGCGGCUCCUCCCAGCUUCCCUCUGUAACUCUGAGGUCAAUGUGACCUCUGACCUCCAGCAGAACCACAGCCUGGUCCGAUCCAGAUCGGUUCUAGUCAUGAACUCUGGUUCCUGUUAGAGCGGCUCAGAGUCCUGACCCGGGUCAGAACCAGGGUCCAGUUAGAUACAUGGUUCUGUACCUGGAUGGAUCUUCAUCCAGAGGAUCCAGAGAUUCACUGGUGGAGGAUCAGCUGCAGCAGCUGCUGUAGUAAAGAGCUACUAGUUAGUAGCUACUAACUAGUAGCUCCUCCAGCUGCUCUGGCUGCCAGGCACCGGCGCCCCCUGUUGGUCCCCCUGUUGGGCUCCCAGACUCCCUGCCUGGAGCUCAGGGGCCCCUACAGGAGAUGAAGUGUUUGGCCCAAGGAUACAACCACAGGGUGGGAAUUGAACCAGGAACCUCCCGAUUAUAAGACAAAGUUCAAACCAUCCAUCACUGAGUUCUGAUCGGAGUUCUGACCCGAUUCCAGCCGAUCCACUGAGAUCCGCUGAGUUUAAACCUUCUGACUCUGAAACACACACCAGGUCCUCAGAGUGUUACUGUGUGUGUGAGAACAGUGUGUGUGUGUGUGUGUGUUAAACUGUCCAACAGUAGCCCCUCCCCCCUCACUGUUACCAUGGUUACCCCCCGCCCCCCUGUGUUUUUUUGUUCUGUCAGUAGAAACUGCAGCUUUUAUAAUAAAACUACCAACUGCUGCUG